GGAGUUUGAAAUAGUUGACUCUUGAAAAAAAAAACUUGGUUCUCGAAGCUCUACUUCCAUUUAGCGCUUACUACUUAGCCUGAAGCUUGGUGCAUGUUACUGGGAGAGGCUUUAGCUAGGUUCUUGUCCCGGCACUAAUGCCUUCAUACUUGUACAUAGUGCCCUACAAUGAACUUCUACUUUGAGGCUUCUGAAGUACUUAAUCGUCUCGAUGCAAAAGAAGGCUCCAUCAAAGGCAUCCUAGCUACUUUGCCCGAGAAUAACAGAUCGAGAACAGCUGCGCUUGUCAUCGAAACACUCAAAUACAAAUCUGCCCUCUCCGAUGUCAUCCAGGCAUCCAAGCUCCUCACCGAGGAAAAGAAGAAGAUCAAUUCUUUGAAUUUAGCCCUUGUACUAGUGCAUGACACACUGCUCGCGAAUGGUAUUCAGGCCGGUGACGGGCCCAUCAAACAAGCAAUUUUAAGGCACAAAACUAGGUUGAAGAGCGAACUUCAACGAAUCAAAAUAAAACGAGGCGUCAAAUCUGAUCUGGAGUUGGCUCAGACUAGUGACGACAGAGCAGCGAAAAUCCCUCGUUACGUUCGUGUCAAUACUUCAAUGUGGUCGACGGAGGAAGCCAUAUUAUCCUAUACCAAGCGUGGUUUUCAACUGCAAGGUCCCUUUGCGUCGAGCAAAGGGUUUGGAAUUGACGAGCACAUACCAGAUCUGCUGGCAUUCAACCCUGCUCUACAGUUUCGCGAUGAUCCUUCCUACAAAACUGGCAGGAUUAUUCUACAAGAUAAGGCGUCGUGUUUCUCCGCGUUUGUGCUAUCGCCUCCCUGUAACGAUCCAAACGCUGUCGUAAUAGACGCGACAGCUGCUCCCGGAAACAAAACGUCACAUCUGAGCGCACUCAUGGGUAACAAGGGAAAGUUAUAUGCUUUUGAGAGGGACAAGAGGCGCUUUUCGACGUUGAAAAUGAUGCUCGCCAAGGCUGCUUGCCGGAAUGUAGAAGCUGUCAAUGCUGAUUUUCUCACGAUUGACCCUUCCCAUCCGAAAUAUUCACUGGCAACUCAUAUUUUGCUUGAUCCCUCCUGCAGUGGUUCAGGUAUCGUAAAUCGUCUAGACUAUUUGCUUGAAGAUGAGAUAGAAGCGGUGGAAGAAGACCGGUUGAACAAAUUGGCCACUUUCCAGCUCAUGAUGAUUAAGCAUGCCAUGAAAUUUCCCCAUGUACAGAAAAUCGUUUAUUCCACAUGUAGCAUUCACGCGACAGAAAACGAGCAUGUCAUUAGCCAUGCCCUUCAGUCAGACGAGGCAAAGAACAGUUAUUUCAAACUUGCACCUCGGAACGACGUCCUGCCCACAUGGAACCGCCGAGGGCAGGCAGAAGAGAUGAAGGGCACAAGUGACGCGGACAGCUUAAUUCGUUGCUCCCCGGGCGAAGAUGGCACAAACGGCUUUUUCGUUUCGUGUUUCAUCCGAGAACAUCAUUCUGUGCUCCCUCGGACUGAAUCAUUGAAGAAGCGGAAAGCGGAAACUGAGGAAGUAGCUCCGGAGAAGAGGAAGAAGAAACGCAAGAAAAAGGUCAAAACAGAAUGAGAUCUUGCGCUCGAUCUGCUAAUACACAUUCACGUCGUCCGUAAAAUAUAAGCAUAUUUUGAGCUGUCGACC